UCGCAAGGGAUGACGCGAUACAUGGAUUUAUCACGAACACGGACAAUGUCUCCUCAAAUGGCCUGUGAUAUAGAUAAGAUAACGCAGGGGUCUUAUCAUUCCAUUGCUACCUAGUCCCUUAAUCCUGCGUUUUCAUACCAUCUGAGAUAGUUACACUUGGUGUUCUUCAAGACCGCGCUGGAAUCACUCAGAUCCGUACCUUCAACAAACCGAGCCUAGGACAAUACAACCUUCGAUAUGGUCGCUCCCGUGACUGGAAGAACAGUCUCGUCGACUGGAAGGGACACCCAUCAGGCACAAUCACGAUUGUCACGCCCACUUCAAGAUUCAGGCUCUUUGAGCCAAUUCCCUCGCUCGGAUCUCACGCCUGUCAUUGGUAGGGAAUAUACAGGGUUACAGAUUACGGAUAUCUUGAAUUCAGGGGACUCCGAUCGAAUCAUCCAGGAUCUUGCUGUGACUGUCUCCCAACGAGGCGUAGUCUUCUUAAGAAAUCAAGACGUGACACCCGCGCAAAUGCGUAUAUUCACAGAGCAUUUAUCCCGUCUAUCUGGAUCUCCCGAAUCCUCCACCCUCCACAUCCACCCCCUAACAGAAGAAGGCUCCGAACUCGGUGACCAAAUCAGCGUAAUCAGCAGCGCCAAACAAAGAAAAGGUGGCGGUCUCACCCACCAACUCAACGACGUUAGUCGUUUCGCCUCCGUCGGCUGGCACUCGGAUAUAAGCUUUGAACCUGUUCCGUCGGAUUAUGCCAUGUUGAAGAUUCACGAGUUACCACUCACGGGCGGUGAUACGCUCUGGGCGUCGGGGUAUGAGGUAUAUGAUAGGCUUUCGCCGAGUUUUGCGGCGCUUUUGGAGGGUUUAAGUGCUACGCAUGAUGCAAGGUUCUUUCAUGAUGAGGCCGCUAGACUGGGGAAUCCAUUGAGAAAGGGCGUUCGCGGGUCACCGCUUAAUUUUGGUGACUCGUUGACUGCUAUUCAUCCUGUUAUUCGGACGAAUCCCGUGACGGGUUGGAAAUCUGUCUACGUGAACCGCGGUUUUACUCGGCGUAUAAACGAAGUCACAAAAGACGAGUCAGACGUCAUUCUGCAAUAUUUAUUCAACCUUCUCACCCAAAACCAUGACGCCCAGGUUCGGUUCAAAUGGAACAAGAACGAUGUGGCUAUUUGGGACAACCGCUCUACAUGGCAUACUGCCACUUAUGAUUAUAGCGAGACGCGUACUGGGGACCGCGUGUGUAGUUUGGGAGAGAGUCCUUAUUAUGAUCCUCAGUCGAAAUCUCGGAGGCAGGCUUUGGCGGAGGAAGACUAG